AUGGCGACUUCCGCAGGGAGCUUUUCUACGAUGGACGGGGGCGAAAUGAUGCGAUAUGCAGAAUAUAGUACGAAAGCGAACUCCAGAAGUGACGCCGAGAUCGAUCGGCGGCUGGGCGGCACGCUGAUUGCUGUCGGUCUUGGAGUGGCUGCUGCAGGUUUUGCUGGUCGCUACGCCUUCCAGCUGUGGAAGCCCCUCGGCCAGAUGUUCACAGAAACGGUCCGAAAGAUGCCGACGUCGGCAUUCUCAUCAUACUACAAAGGAGGUUUUGAGCAGAAGAUGUCCAAGCGGGAAGCCAGUCUCGUUCUGGGCAUUAGUCCGGUGAGUACAAAGGCCAAAGUACGCGAGGCCCACCGGAGGAUCAUGGUCCUCAACCAUCCUGAUAAAGGCGGUUCGCCAUAUCUCGCCGCCAAAAUCAACGAGGCUAAAGACCUUCUGGAAAAAGAAAUAAGGCGGUGA